AAUAAAAGAAAAAAAGAAAAGUAAGGUGAAACAACAGCCAGCCAGCCUCAGACUCAUUUGCUGAAGACCGAGAAGAAAUUUGUCGACGGAGAACUGAUCUGAACCAAAAUGACUACACAGGGUCAGAAGAAAAGUUACGACCCCAAAGACAAAACUCUUAAGUUUGUCGACAGACCAGAUGAUCUGGAGUUCUUUGACGAAGUUCCGUACAGUCCCCGAGCAGAGAUUUCCUGUGGUCAUGCCGUCACCCCAGACAAUCUCACUCUAUGGUGUUGCCGCCUGCUGAAAGAGGGCCAGUACAAAUUUAAGUGCCCUGCUUCAAAGGACGGCACCGAGGGGAAGUGUAAUAAAGAGUGGUCUUAUCAAGAGGUGCACAGGCUGGCACUGCUGACAGCCGAAGAGAGGCAGUACUUUGAAGAGAACAUCGCCCGUCUGGCUGCCACAGAAUACUGUGAAUUGAAAACAUGUCCCGGGUGUCAAUCCUAUGUGGAGAGAAAGGACCCGACUAACCUCAGCGUGCAGUGCGCAGUCUGCACAGCAGACAAGAAGAAAGUCUACGAGUUCUGUUGGCAGUGUCUGAAGCAGUGGAAGGGUGCAGCUCGAUGCUCUGACCGCUGCGACAACGACGGCUGUAUCAACCACGACCUCGAGCUCCUCAAGAACUGCAAGACCACCGACCUACCUAAGGUGAAGGGAGUUGACGCCUGUCCCUCCAUCCGGGCUUGUCCCACCUGUGGUCAGAGGGUGGAGCAUGACACAACUGGCUGCAAGAACAUCACCUGUACUCGCUGUCGGGUUGUGUUCUGCUUUGUGUGUCUGAAGCUCACUCCUGAGUGCUUGAAGACGAGCUCUUACUUCAUCGCCUGCAGUGAUGGUGUGGCUCCCAGACAAACCUCCAUACCUGUGUGGUGCAAAAACUAAGAGCGAAUCUGAACACAUUCACUCAUGAUGUGGCUUACUGCCUUCUUCUGCCACACUAUAUUAUACUUUUCCUGUUGGAUUUCAUUCUACGCUUGUUUUUGCAACUGAUGCCAAAAGUGUAGACAUGUUCAUCUACAUUGUGAGCCUUAAAAUAUCUGUUGUAUUUUCUCAUAAUGUUGUAUAAUGCAUGUUUGUAACGUUGCCACUGAAGGUUGCUUCCUUAGAAUUAAUCUCUGUUCAUAAUUAAUUAUUGAUAACUGCAUCACUUAAUAAAGUUUCCCUUUACAUGA